AUUUUCUUAAUGUCUCGAUAGGACAAAUUAAUGGACUGCUAACAAACGCCCCCUGUUCGAGGAACGGGAGUUCGUUCUCAAGUAUAGGACAUGGCCACAUUAAAUCCUCUGGUAACUGUGCUGGUGAAGCGCGCGUGGACCUGUGCACCUUGUCUACGACGGCAGCUCCUGCUUCGGGAGAGCCAGUCACCCGCGAGACCACGAGUCAACCAUAACACGACAUUUACCUCUUCAGAAUGGCGCAGGUCCUUCCACCUGACCAGCGCUGCUUGUCGCGAAGAGCUCGAGGAUCAGCGGCAAGCUGUGCCUUUGGGUGACUUCUACACCGACCUACUCUCUUCGCCACUACCGGAGACCACCCACGAGGACAGCCCUCUACCAGACUUUGUGCCAACAGGCGGUGAUCAGUCCAAGGAAGAAAGAGCUAGGAAGCUGUUUGGCUCAAUAGAAGGAUCCGGGUACCAACGAACCGUUUCAGAUACACCGGAUGCCACUUGGAGGACCAUCAAUGGUGUACCUGUUCCGCCACGGCCAGGUGAACCGGAUAAUUGCUGCAUGAGUGGCUGCGUACACUGCGUCUGGGAUGACUACAGAGACGACGUAGAGGCAUGGGCUGCCCGAGUACACGAAGCACAAUCAAGAUCCCCCAACCGAACAGCGGAAGGCCCGAAGAUCCAGCUAGCCCGACCUGAGGUCCACGAGGCUUCCGGCAGCAUGGACGAUGAUGGUGGCGGGAGCGAGAGUCUCUGGACAACGCCUUCAUCUCCGGAAAAUGAAGAGGACAUACUGUUCGCUGGCAUUCCUAUCGGAAUCCGAGAGUUCAUGGCAACCGAGAAGAGGAUACGAGACCGGAAACGAGCCAGACAUGAAGGUGGUUGAUGACACAAACAUCUCC